CCUCCCACCUUUUUUUCUCCUCUUUUCAACCCCUCCCUCCAUCUUUCUCUCCCAUCCGUUCUCUCCCCUUUUAAAUUAGGCUCAUUCUUUCAGCCUGUUCUCCCUCUGAGCGUUUCUGCUCCACUCAGCUCCUGUGAAAACUCCCUGUCUGUGUGUGUGUGUUUGAACUCUCAGUGUGUGUGUUAAGAGGAGUUUUAUGUGUGUGCACAGCGCUCUGUUUCUUUUUUUUUUUUUUUAAGAGGAGCUGAAGUGCAGUCGUUCAUCAGUGUGGCUGACUGCAGCCAGGGGAAUACUCAGAUCUCUGCGUCGCUUUUCAACUUACAGCUGCUUAUAGGACUUUUUUUUUUUUAAAGAUUAAAUGGACUUUUAUUUUUCACCAAGCCAGGACUGCAGAGCUGCUCACUCUUUCUCUCAUCUUCACUGGAAUUACCAAUAUUAUUUUUUCCAGAGGUUCUUCCAGGAUUGCUAAAUUUGGUUUUUUGUAUUUACCCGCUUUCUGAGUUCUAUUGCGAUUUAAGUAAUUAAGAUUUCAUCCUCCUUACCUACUUUGACUUGAGAAAUGUUAAACCUUUAAUGGAAAUUAAGAGCUCAGCAAGAGUGAAAAGGUGUGCAUGAGCAAUAACUUUGAUAGUACCAACGACAGAAAAGUUUUUCACAUACUGGAAUCGAUAAGUGCAACAAGAGGCAUGAAGGGCUCAGGUGGAUGCUGAUCCUCACCAGGACAAUUCUGAGUCUUUGCAGAUUUUUAUCUCUUGGAACUGGAUGGGAAGGUCCCUGUGUCCAGGCGGAAUGAUUUUGUCCUGUCUCGGAUGUGAGAGGUGAUCUGGGUCGUCCUUCAAAAGAGGACCAGAGGAUAUUUCCAGAAAACUCUUGGGAAUAAGUCUGACGACAACCACAAGCCAGGAUACCUGUUUUUUGGUUUUUUUUUUUUUUUCAAUUAGGAGAAACACUUUGCGUGAUGAUGAAAUAGAACUGGACAGGAACCAGAUAAAUAAAUCAUCUCUCGGUACAAAUACUCAGCACUCAAAGCGGCCAAAGCCACUAAACACUAGCUUUUGAUAGAAAGCGGUUUGUGAAAAGAGUGCCAAAAUGAUGACCAUGAUGAUGAUGAUGAUGGUCACCUGCAGCUCUCUGUUGGUGCUCGGGAUGGCUGCUGCUUACUCUUCUUCCAGCUCAGUAACCCGUGCUUCAUCUUCAUCCUCCUCCUCAUCUUCCUCAUCCUCCUCUCCCACCUCCUCCUCCUCACCACGCAUGAAACUUUCAUAUAAAGAAUUGCAACAGUACCAUGGCGUGCGGCGAUUUGAGCUGGAGCGCUCCUGCUGUUUCAGCGCCAUGCUGCUGGACGAAGAGAGGGGCAGGCUGUUUGUAGGGGCCAAAAACUUCUUGCUAUCACUCUCAUUGGACAACAUUGCCAAACAAGAACAUAAGAUCUAUUGGCCAGCUCCUGUUGACUGGAGAGAGGAGUGUAAUUGGGCUGGCAAGGACAUUACUUCUGACUGUGUGAACUAUGUGAAGAUUGUGCACCACUAUAACCGAACCCACCUGUACGCCUGUGGAACCGGGGCUUUCCACCCUACCUGUGCCUUUGUGGAAGUGGGACACAGAAUGGAGGACCAUGUGUUUAGGAUCGACCCCUCUAAGGUUGAGGACGGGAAAGGGAAGAGUCCAUACGAUCCUCGACACAAUGCUGCCUCUGUGCUAAUCGGUGAUGAGCUUUAUGCAGGUGUAGCCACAGACUUAAUGGGACGAGACUUCACCAUCUUCAGAAGUCUGGGCAAACGUCCCUCGAUUCGCACCGAACAGCACGACUCACGCUGGCUCAAUGAACCAAAGUUUGUUGGCUCCUUUUGGGUCCCUGAGAGUGAAAAUCCAGACGACGACAAGAUAUUUUUCUUCUUCCGGGAGACAGCGGUUGAAGCUCAAGGUUUGGGAAAGUCCACUUACUCACGCAUUGGACAGUUAUGCAGGAAUGACAUGGGUGGACAGAGAAGUUUGGUGAACAAAUGGACAACAUUCCUCAAGACCCGUCUUAUCUGCUCAGUACCAGGAGCUGAUGGCAGUGACACUUACUUUGACGAGCUGCGGGACGUGUUCUUGCUGCAGACAAGGGACAAAAAGAACCCUCUGGUUUAUACUGUCUUCUCUACUUCCAGCAGUGUGUUUAAAGGCUCAGCUGUGUGUCUUUACUCCAUGAAUGACAUCCGGAGGGCCUUCCUGGGGCCCUUUGCACACAAAGAGGGGCCUAACUACCAAUGGGUCCCUUUCCAGGGAAAAGUGCCCUAUCCCCGCCCGGGAAUGUGUCCCAGUAAGACGUUUGGGAGCUUUGAUUCCACAAAAGGUUUCCCAGAUGAUGUGAUCCAGUUUGCCCGUCACCACCCUCUGAUGUACAACCCGGUGUACCCCAUGAAUCGACGGCCUGUGUUUGUCAGAACCAAUGUGGAGUACAGCUUCACACAGAUUGCCGUGGACAGAGUCAAUGCUGCUGAUGGACAGUAUGAUGUCAUGUUCAUCGGAACAGACAAAGGGACAGUCCUGAAGGUGAUCAGUGUCCCCAAGGAGAGCUGGAACAACAUGGAAGAACUUUUACUGGAAGAGCUGGAGGUCUUCAAGGAUGCCUCAUCUGUUAUUAACAUGCAGAUCUCAUCCAAACGGCAACAGCUGUAUGUCGGCUCGGACACAGGAAUCGCCCAAGUCCCACUUCACCGGUGCAGUGUUUACGGAAAGGCUUGCGCCGAGUGCUGCCUGGCCCGAGAUCCAUACUGCGCUUGGGACGGAACAUCCUGUACUCGUUACCUACCGAAUACAAAGAGACGUUUCCGUCGACAGGAUGUAAGGAACGGAGACCCCAACACCCUUUGCUCAGGAGAUCACCACAAGCAUCGUGUUGCGGAGAAGAAGCUGUAUGGAGUUGAAGGAAGCAGCACUUUCUUGGAGUGUAUCCCAAAAUCGCUUCAGGCCAGAGUCACCUGGACUUAUCAGAAACAACCACAAAACCCACGAGAGGAGGUACGUCUUGAUGAACGUAUCCUGCAGACAGACAGGGGCCUACUGAUUCGUCGGGUUCUCAAGAGAGAUGUCGGGGUCUACCAAUGCCACGCUAUGGAGCACGGAUUCACCCAAACAUUGCUGGGCAUCACUUUUGAAGUCGUACCAUCGACAUCUUCCUCCAACUCCAAUCUUCCCUCCGACUCCCCGGUUCGAUUAGAUCCUCGUAGCGGAAGUGGUCCCUCAAUGACCAAUCAAAAGCUUUGGUAUCGGGACUUCAUGCAGCUGGUGGACCACCCUAACCUCAGCACUGUUGACCAAAUUUGUGAGCAAGUUUGGGCACGGAAGCAUGCUGGUGCUGACCAGGUGUCAAAGAGUUUUGAGUCUCCAAGGAAGGAGAUUGUACCUUUGGGUCCUGCUGUCCGACCGGCCAAUAAGAAGUGGAAACAUCUCCAGGAGAUCCGAAAGGGGAGAAACCGCAGGACCCAUGAUGGGAAACCGAGCUCUCGGGCACCGCGCAGUGCUCGGGAGUAACGAUGACGAGAAACAGAUGGAAAAGAGUGAGAGGGAGAGUGAAAGAAAGUAACUGAGAGACCAGGUUCUCAUGGAGGUGUUCACAUAUACAAAUGCACACAUAAAGACAUGCACAGACACACACCACCUCCUGUAUUGUGUUUAUUUAUCUAUGGAUACCACCACUAUAUGGUACACCAUCCCCCUGAAUCCUCAUCCCUGUGACCAGCUUCCUGCAUGUGCUGCCUUACUGCCCAAACUGAUUCUGCACGAUCCCUUUACACUGCUUCAAUAGGAUAGUCACGUGUACUAGCAAAUACGCCAGAGGAAAUUCACCCUCAUGAGGAGGCAAUAAACUGACACCCCCAUCUAAAGCUGAUUCUACAAGCCAUUCACACUACUUUAAUAGUUAGUGUACUAUCUGUUACUCUCUGGACAACAUGCUACAACUACUCAUGAAUAUUCCUAAAGGUUUUGAGAAGCACUCUUCAAUAUAUAACAUUUCUUUAAGUGACCUAAAUACAGACAGAAUGGAGAAAGUGACAACUGGAACAAUGAUGCAAAAAUAUAGUCUUGAACUGAAAACAAGUAAUUAUGUUUAAAAUGUAUGUGCAUGUUGCAUUGACAUUUGUAAAAACCAGAGUAAUUGAAAAACAUCUUUCUGUGCUCCCCCCCCCUUCCCCCUUUCAUUCUUAUCACCGCUUGUCAUUUGUACAAAUUACACCAUGGAGCCAUGAGGAGUUACCAGCACCUGUGGAACGCAUAAUUAUGUGUGGAAAUGUUAUAAAUUUGUUGUGGGGUUGGAUUCUUGAGUCAGUUUUAUUUUUGGAGGUGUUUCCAUUGACACAUUGAGUUUGUAUCAUCAUAAGCAACAGACUUAAAACAAGAGAUGCACCGAUCCGGGGUUUCUGGCCAAUUUUUGAUAACUAAAGCUUUGACCUGCCAAUGCGAAGCUUCACCAGUUCCAUAUAACGUUUUAGAGGCAUGUUUUGAUGAUGAGACUUUCGGAAGCAGAGGAGAGACACUUCCAGGUUGGGUUGACACGCUGGUGGUUUAAGCAAAAGUCUGGUCAUUUCAAAAGGUAUGACAGUGUCUCUUUCAGAGAGAAGUGUGACUUACCAGUCCUUUUGAUAUCAGCUUUUAGGCUUCUGUAUGAUUGGUGUCAGACUGGUUUUCUGUGAGAGGUUGCUCUUUGUCAACAACUCGUUUUAUGACCUCUACGGACAGAAUUUCUUGGUACAGAGAAGGUAUUGAGGGAAUCCUUUUUGGUAACCUCUGCUUUUUGCAGAUGUUGUGGUUCUGUUGAUUUCAUCAAACUGUGACCUCAGACUAUCACUGGCACAAUUCAUAGCCAAAUGCGAAUCAUUCAGGAUAAAAAUCAACACCUCAAAAUCCUAGAUAAUAACCUAGAAAAGAGUGAAAUCAAUGUUUUAUCCAGGGCAGGAAUGAAGUGGAGUUUAAGUAUCUUGAGAUCUUAUAUAUGAAUCAGGGAAAAUGGAGCGGGAGAUCAACUUUGUCCAGUACUGCAAGCUCUGUACAUGCCCAUUAUGGCGAAGAAAGAGCCGAGCUGAAAAGCGAAACUCCUGAUUUACUGGUUGAUCUACGUUCUUAUCCCUCAUCUACAAUAAAAGCUUUCAGUAGUCACCAAAAAGAACAGCAUUGUGGAUACAAUUGGUCGAAAUGAGUUCCCUUCACAGGGUGUCUGGGCUCUGACUUAGAGAUGGGGUGAAAAACUUAGUCAUCUGGGAGGAACUCAGAGUCACUGCUCUUCCACAUUGAGAUAACCCAGUUGAGGUGGAUAAGGCGUCUGUUUCCAGGAUGUAUGCGCUUCAUAGUGUUUGAUAGAAAACAUGUCAACCAAUUUAAUCACCAGUUUCCACUGAGUUCCAUUCAAAAGUUACUGGCAAUUGAAGAAACAGUAAUUCUAUAUAGUGAUAUAGUUCUAGACUUAAAUUGUUACAGUUUCAAACCCAGCGGUCAACAGGUGAGGUGGUCAAGCUAAAAAUCAACCAUUUCCAAUCACCAGAUGUCAGAAGUCUUCCUCGGUGCAUCUCUGAUCAGAAUAGUUAUUUCAGUCAGCAUAUAUGGUCUUAGUUAGGAACAAGUCAUUACUGGCCUCUUGAUAAAAAAUCCAAUUGCUGGUUAAAACCACUAGAGAGUGUGUAAUGAUAGAUAUAGUCAUAUUCCAUAAAGUGGAAAAAGAAUUAGAUGUUAACGAAACAGCAAAAGCUGGAAGAAACAACUAAAACAAAUAAAUCAAUCUAUUAAAAAACAAUUUGACAAUACAAUUAGGAACCAAAUUAGAGCACAAAAAAUUACAAAUAAAAUAAUUUGGAUAUAAUUCAGAACAGUAAUUCUUACAGACUGUCGAUCUUUUUGCUUCCAGCAUUUUUGGCAUUGAAGAUAAAUAAUGAGAACUGUGGUUUGUGGGGAAAAUGAUAAAUAUGGUAGGAAAGGUGAGAGGAAAGGGCGAAGAUUCAAGCAGACUCAAAAUAUGACAACCCAUGUUUUUGGGCUACAGAACAGUUUAUAAAUAUAUAAAUAUAUCCAUAUUAGCAUGAUAUUUAUGAGUGAGAAUAAAGUUUCUCUUUUCUGUAUACUAAGCAGUACAACAUGUCUUUCACACUGUUCAAUCCUAAAUUGUUAGUGAUACAUAGAUAUGCAGUUGAUAUACAACUGAGCACAGGAUUCCUAGUUCAGCACACUAAAUUCAUUUUCUACAGAUUUUGAAAAAAAUUAUUCUACCCUUUGUAAUCACUUGUUGUGUAGUGUUGCAGUCAUUGAAAUCAUUGGAUGCUGCUUGAGGGAAUGAACUCCAGCUAAAGGACAUUUAUUACAGCAAGAUUUUCCUUUUUAAAUGUCUUAGUCUCUAGGUGUUUUAUUUGUAAAGAAACCAUAUUUGUUGGUUGUUUGUGAUGACAUGGUGUGUGUAGCCUGCCCCCUAGUGUUUAUUGCUUGAAAAGGCUCAGAUAAGGAGCCUGUCUGUGGUACUUUGAUAUGUCAUAACCAGUAUGCAAGAAAGAAACUGGUGGGUCUUCUUAGAUAAAACACGUGUUUAUAUUUUGCAGAAAUAAAAUCUGUACUGAUAUGUUUUGUGCUGCUACCACCAAAUAUCAUGAUUUUAAUCAAAUUAUCUCAAGUUAGUGUAUUCAUCCCAGAUAAAAGCAAAGUGGCACAACCCGGGUCUGCGUGAGGAUUUUAGAUGUAUGAUAUCAUUGUCAUUGUUAUUUAUGUACCUUUGUUAUAGAUGUGUAAUUAAGUCUUUAAACUAAACUCAACAAAAGGGACACUCAGCAUUUCGACACCACAUUGAACAGGGCUAGAUUGAGCUAAUGAAGUGAAUUUUCAAUGCUUAAGGGAGCAGCUGGUCGGUGCUUUGGACAAAUAUGCACCAACUAAUUCUGAAGCACAAGUGAUGUCAAACAUGCCUGAGUAUCCCUUUUCACCCAGCUUUUGUUUGUGCUUGAACUUGCAUGUCUAAAGUUUGUGGCUAAUGCAUCUGACAAUGACAUGGUGACAUGAGAGAUAGCGAGGUAAAGAAAGCACAAUGUUAAUAUCAUUAUUAUUCCGAUGUAUUUAUGUGGAAAGAUAAGCUGAGUUGUUGUGGAUUUUUGUGUUUUCCUUAUAAAUGUAGAUUUAUUUCUCUAGUGUUCAUGUUCUGCUGACAAGGACUUGUCCUUAGCUUUUUUUUUAACCUUUACAGCCAAUGGAAAAGCUUUUUUUCCUGCAGACAGUGUCCAAUUAAAGUCUUUUGUUGUUCUAAAAGCCCUCUGUACCAAAUCUUCCUUAUAUCCCAAUUCUAUGUGACGUGGUGUUUUUUUUUUUAAAGCUUACUAUGAGAGGCUUUUGUGUUUGUAUGUUGAGUGAGUGCAUGUGUCUGUGUGCAAGAGUAAACUGUUCACUUGAACACAACUUGUGUCUUCAGCCUGAAGGGUUUUUGUGGACAACAGAGCUUUGUAUAUAGUGGCAAAGGUACAGUGGCGUGUUCGGAGGUCUGUAGCUGAAAGUCUGAGGUCAAAGGCCAAAGUUAAUGUGGUGCACUGUAAUAUACCUGGGUCUUUGUGAAAUGUCAUGUCAAAAUGUUUUUGAUUAAUACAAUAAAAAUAUGCAGUUA